AUGGCGUGGAAUGAACAAAAUCAACGGAAUGAGAUUGUGUUCUCGCCAACUGCUUAUCGCCCUUCAAGAUACAACGCUAACACACAGCAGGUCGAAGAGGAAGUUGUGAAUCGCAUAUAUACUGGCAAUUAUGAGGACACCAAGGAUUUCUACAAAGAUGAGGUAGAGAAACGAAAGUUGCAUGACGACCUUAUCGAACUGGGAACGGGCAGUAUAGUGGAAUCGAGCAAAACUACAACGAUUACACCACCUCGCGUACUCAAAACGGUCACAGAGAGGAACAACCCAGCGUCUAUGGUGGAGGAUGAAGCAGUGGAUGCCAUUCCGCGGACGUCCGUCAACAAUAAUACUUACGUCCAAGCAGACAACGUGCCAGUUGUUUUGACGCAGAACUAUUGGCAGAAUUUGGACUUAAAUGAACGGCACGCUAUUGCACAGAUGCUCAGAGUUCCGAUGAAUGAAUGGGACAUAGCAGAUGCCAACGGUGUCCCAAUGUUACCGCAGACAUUCGCUCACAUGGAAGCAGGUGGACGGCCAUAUCAGAUUAAUAUCACGACUCGUACCGCAGUGCAAUACGACGCCAAUGCUCAAUUGCAGAGAACAGAGCAGAAGCGUAAAUUUGUGCAAAUAUUGCAACCCGGAUUGAAGACGACCAACGAGCAAAAUGUCGUUAGAGUGCCCGAGACGAGGAUUGAAGAAGAAUACCCGGGACGGUAUAGUAACGUGCGCUUGGAAGAGAAGAUUCGCGCGGCUGCUUUGAGAUACAUAGACCGAGUGAUAGCAAGGUAUAACACUCCCGUUAAUACUUUGGAUGUUACCAACCGAGAAGACUUGGCUGAGGUUGUAGCUGAUAUGUGGAUUGAAUUCGUCAAGAAGGUCGAUGAAGAAGUGUACCUCUACAAACAGUCGUUUACAUCAGUAGUGGCCCAGCGAAGAGAAACAGGAAUGCACCAACCAACGGGACGGCAGACUGAGUUGGAGCACAUGCAAGCGAUGUUGACAGUAAGUCGCAAUUUGGCAGGUGUGGAUGGAAAACCUUGCUACCUCAUUAUAACAGCCGAAUUUCUUUUAUUCGACUGCAAGACGCCAGAAAUUUGGGAGCGUCUGGCCCAAUUUGAUCAACACGUGCGCAGACUCCCAUACGUGUUUAAAUCACCGAGGACGAUGGAUCUGAUGAGAUCACGCAUUAAGCAUUUAGUCGCUCUCGAUUCCCGCUAUUUCCCUCAUCCAGAUUCAUCAAUUGUUAAAGAGGGAGUUCGCGUAAAUCUUGUGAGAAUUUUGGUUGCGCAAAUACUCUACAUUCUGGAUACACUAAUAACGCGACCAUUGAGCCGAUGGCCUCUUUUUAUGUUAUUUAAUUUAUUGGUCCUGGCCAUGGGUAUAUAUACCAAAAAUUUAUACGUUGUUAUGGCAUAUUUCGUGGUGUUAUUUCUUUUCAUAUUGGCUAACUUACUCACUCGUAAUAAGGAAAUUGGUUAUCAUGGGGAUGAUGAGGAUAAUGAACCCCACAAUUUCCAACCUAUUCCAUUCGGUUUUGGAGGAAUCAUUGAUAGAGCUCAUUGGGCUCUGGUGCCUCCAACACCAACACUAGAUCGGGACUGUGCUAGUUUCUAUGAUAGGCUGUCGCACCUGAUUUGUCCACCCAUUCGACCAGAGCUAAAUGGGGUAGGUGAAAAUCAAUGGCCACUUAGACGAACUUACGAUGGCUUUGGUGAAUUGCGAGAGUAUUUAUUUUUAUUGUCGGGAAUAUACUAUUUUAUUUUGUUUGUAUUGAUAUUUAUUCAAGGAUUAGCCCCCUAUACUACAUUAAUUCCGACAUUUGUAUAUAUCAUUUCAUCAUAUCUCGUCAACAAAUACUGUUUGGUAGGUGUUGAUCAGUUAGACCGACACUUAGCAUUUUUGGUAAGAAUUGGAAUCAACAUUCCCGUUGCGUUUCAAGACUAUAUGAUACCAUUCUUGGCAAGAUGGUUAACGUUUUGGAGUCGAGAAAUUACAGACCAAUACGACAUUCAACAAUCGGAACUAGAAGUUGAGAGCGAAGAAGACCAACAAUCCCAGUCUGAGGUAGAUACAGGAGCUGGUGUUGUACGUCAUCAAGAUCAACAAGCAACCUGUGUACAACAAGGUUGCCAACAACAACCGCAUGAUUGUGGAUAUUGUAUGAUUCACCACGGAUGCACAGGCGAUGGUUGUUGGUCAUGUAGAGAGUUAAAUAUGCCGUAUUGUGGUGGUUUACAGUGCACUGGCAGUUCGCAAUCAACACCCGGUAGUGUUGAUAGCUUCGAGCAACUGUUGAACACACAGCAAGCAUUAGCGACCAAUCUAGUAACUAUCAGAGGUCCACAACCGGCGACACGAGAGGUAGUUCAACAGGUUGAGGAAAAUUUCUGGGUUACUAUGACGCGUAGACACGAGGAGCAAAAACAGAAGAUUAAGAGGGCUUCUCUUUAUAUAGCAAAUACUAUUGAGAAUGGUUUCAACACUGUCGUUGAGACUAUAUCCACGUGGGAACCAAAGAUUGUAUUGUUCACAUUAUUCACUAUUUUCAUUUUGAGUGGUGCAAUUAUUAUUGUGGCGCAAUUGCCUUGGGGUAAGAUUGUACAUGGAACACCAGAAGCAGACCCGACGAUUACUAUUGGACCACCAAUUGGAGACGGACCUUCAGUUUACCCGUUACCAACUUUUACGACUAAUACUGAAGAAGUGGGUAAGCCAACUAGUACAUCAAAACCCACGACUAGUACUG